AUGAACGCCAACUGGAAUCACUAUUAUGGUCUUACUAAGAAAGUAUCAUCAUUAUCCGGCCAGUGGCCCUAUCAGAAACCAAUAACGAGAUUAUUCUGUACGAUCUUGAUGACUUUGAACACGAUUUCUAUGAUUAUUCCACAGAUAGCUAAAUUUGUUAGAUGCAACGGAAACUUACAAUGCAUCUUUGAAACUAUGACAUCCUAUAUGUUGACAACUAUAACACUGGUGAAGUUGUAUACGUGUUAUUUUAACCGAUGUAAAAUGAAAGUCCUCAUUGAUCAAUUAUUCGUUGAUUGGAACGAAUUGGAGACAUCAGAAGAACAUGAAAUUAUGGAGAGAUAUGCCAAGAACAGCAUGCGAUAUUCUUUGGGAUACUCAUUGUAUUAUUAUUCUGGUGUGUUUGUAUUUAUAUCCCUAUCUCUCAUACCGCAAGUGUUGGAUGUUGUUUUACCUCUGAAUGAAUCUCGUCCUAUACUGCCGAUAUAUCCAGGAUAUUAUUUUGUUGAUGAAAAAAAAUAUUUCUUCUAUAUUUUCUCACAUGCUAUUAUGGCUUGGGAAAUUGCUGUGACUGUGAUACUCUCCCACGAUUGUAUGCUCUUAAUUUACAUCGAACACGUCUGCAGUAUUUUCGCUUUAGUAGGGUUUGCUCAAUUGAUCGGAGAUACGUUUUCGUUAACUUUGACUAUACAACUAGCGCUAAAUACAAUAAUGAUCAGCAUUACAUUGUUACAAAUCACGCAGCAGCAAGCCGGUAUUUUAGAAUUGAUAAGAUAUGUGAUGUAUGCCAUUGGUCAAUUAAUCCAUCUGUUUUGUCUCAGUUUUGAGGGGCAAAAGUUGAUAGAUCACAGUCUUCAAACCCGUGAUAAAAUUUAUAAUAGUCUUUGGUAUGAAACACCUCCCAAAUCGCAAAGGAUGCUUCUGUUCGUCAUGCAAAAGAGUUUUCAACCUAUUUUCUUAAGCGCUAGUAAGAUGUAUAUUUUUUCAAUGGAAAACUUCACUAUGAUUGUGCAAACUUCAAUAUCAUACUUUACUGUACUUUCGUCCUUGGAAUAA